AUGUAUCAAGCUUUCCGGGGACCUAAUGGCCGCUUGGAGCACCUUGAGGUUACUUAUCAUACACAGUCAGGACAUAAUGUCGUCUUCAUGGAUGAUAUCGAGCCCCUCUUCCCGGGUAUUGACCCUCCUUGUGUCAGCAAAUCUUCGGCUCAGGAUGACGACUACUCUAUUGUCACGGACGUUCAGGCAACGCUGGAGGCGCUCACGAUACACGGCGCCUCAGCAGCAUCAGUACUUUCCGACGCAGCCACCGUCUCAACACUGACUGGUGGAGCCACCACCUUUAUCUCACCGCGGUUCAACAGGAGCUGCAGGGGCAACUUUUCCAGACUCCAUUCCGAGAUGACCAAGAACAGUGUUCUGCAGAGCCAGAUCUUUGGCAUACAGAGGGCGGCAGAGACGAUGGUGAAGAGGGAUAUUGGAGAGCCUCAACAGCGGACGGUGCACGAUGCAGCAGCAGGCGUUGGAUCGAUUGGUGUGUGUAUGGUGUUGCCCAAGGAGGAGGAGGACUCGAUAGAGAAAUUGGGAAGAGGAUUCAGAAAUGCCUUUGUCAAGCAGUUUAAGCUCUACUUUCUUUGCGAGAAGUCGUCUUCAAUCAACAACAGCAAUAGCGCCACCAACAUCGGCAGCAACACGGACUCUGGAGGCGCCAAGCUGAAGUAUGAGCCACGAAGGAUAACGAUCGCGACCCACCUGACAGAGUUCUUUGAGAAGUAUGGAACGUACGUUCUGAUACCCCUCCAGAUGCUCAAGUACGGAGUCACCCAUCACCGGAUUGUCACCUCUCACAGACAUGUCAAGUGGGUCUGCCUGGACCACUACCGCCAAAACUACCGAUCCAAGACCACGAAGGAGCUCAGGGAUGUUGUAAAGUCGAACGGCGGGCAGUAUGACGAGCACACGGGUCGUGUUAUAGUCAAGGAUCUUCGGGAUCUGAAAGACGCCAUCCAACAUUCCAACGUCGUCCACCUCAAACACACUGGCGGUGGUGGUCAAGGACCCUUCUUGGACGUUUUGAACCGCGCCGCCUCGGAGGUCGGAGCCUAUCAUUCAACUCCAUGGCAGCAGGCAAGAUCGGCGGCGCUGCCCAUUAAUCCAAGAAUCUUUCCGGCCACGGGCUAA